UAUGGCCAAGUACAGUCAGCAGGAACGACGAGACGAUGGAGUGGAGGUGGAGGCCUGGUCGCGGGGCAUUAUGGUGGGGCUGUAUCGGGUCGCUCGACUGCUGUCUCUGAUCUCCUUUCGGCUGGAUCGCGAAGAGCUGCAGCUGAAACUCCCGAAGAGUGGCAGCAAGAACAGGAUCCUGGAGACAGUCUGGCGCAUCCUGGUGGUUCUGACCUACGCGAGUGUUUGGCCGACACUCUCCGCGCAUCUGAUCACCACUCAGCCGGAGAGCUAUGCAGAUCUGUUUGCCGCAUUGCAGUCCACUUCGGUGUCCAUUCUGGCAGUGAUUUCGUUCAUCAUUCAGGCCAAGGGCGAGAACAAGUUCCGGACGGUGCUCAAUCGGUACUUGGCUCUGUAUCGGCGCAUCUGCACGGCGACUCGCGUCAAGCAGCUCUUUCCCAUGAGGUUUAUAGUUUAUUUCCUACUCAAGUUGCUGCUGACAAUUGGUGGCUGCGUGCACGAGCUGCCGCCGCUCCUGCAGGUGGAACACUUUGCAGACGUUGGCCGCACCGUGGCCGUCAUCGUGGGCAUCUACAUGUGGCUGGGCACCCUCUUUGUGCUGGAUGCCUGCUUCAUGGGCUUCCUGAUCUCUGGCAUACUGUACGAGCACAUGGCCUCCAAUAUUCUGCUGAUGCUGCAGCGCAUGCAAAUCAUUGAGUUCCCGGAUAAGGCUGUCCGGAUGAGCAACUAUCAGCGGAUGCGACUCCUCUGCGACUAUGCCGACGAGCUGGACGAGUAUGCCGCCAUCUACAGUGAGCUGUACGAGGUGACGAUCGCCUUUCGCCGCAUGCUGCAGUGGCAGAUCCUCUUCUAUGUGUACUACAACUUCAUCAGCAUUUGCCUGAUGCUCUAUCAGUGCAUCCUGCGCUAUCUGGACGAGGAUGAGAAGGCUCUGGUCUCGCUGGCAAUGGCCACCAUCAAGUUGUUCAAUCUCAUUCUGCUGAUCAUGUGCGCGGACUAUGCUGUCAGGGAGUCACAGAAGCCCAAUAGGCUACCCCUCGACAUUGUCUGCACCGACAUGGAUCAGCGUUGGGACAAGAGUGUGGAAACGUUCCUCAGCCAACAGCAAACGCAGCGCCUGGAGAUCAAAGUCUUGGGUUUCUUUCAGCUGAACAACGAGUUUAUAUUGCUAAUUCUCUCUGCCAUUAUCUCGUAUCUCUUCAUACUGAUACAGUUUGGCAUUACGGGCGGCUUCGAGGCAUCCGAUGAGGUGCGCAAUAACUUUUGA